AAAUAUGAAUUGUGGGCUGAAAGGCAAAGACGGAGUGUCCCCUGUCUCCUGGCUGAGGCUGUUACGUAUCCAAAACUAAGGCCAUUAAUUCGCCGUAGAAACCCAAACAACGUCAGACAGCGUAUAACGGCGACAGUCCACUGCGCAGACGUUCAGACUCCGAACUCGGUCGGAGUUAUUAUUAAGGCCAGUUGUUUAUUUCAGAAAACACAUAAGCCAAAUCGAAACUCGAACCAACAUUGACUUGAUCAUCACCAAACACAACCCAAACAAGUAGACAAACGAAGCAACGACACACACAAAACAAAACCCUCUUCUCUUUUCCCGGAAAAUUUAUCUCAGUUUUAUUGCUUUCAUAUAAUUUUUACUCAGAUUCAGAUACAUAGGCUAAGCUAAAUGGGGGAUUACUGUGACGAUGAUUAUUAUCAAGAUUAUGAGGAUUAUGAUGAUGAAGAUUCUGUAGAUGGGUUUCAAGUUGACACUCAGUUAGUGGCAGCUAACAAGAGUGGUUCGUCUUCUAUGGUAAUCACUAAAGAAUCUCUCUUGGCUGCACAGAGGGACGACAUUCAUACAGUAAUGGAAUUGCUAUCAUUGGAGGAGCACCAGGCGCGGAGCUUACUCAUUCAUCAUCGCUGGGAUGUUGAUAGGGUGCUUCAGUUACUCAUAGAAAAGGGGAGAGAUAAAUUGUAUGCUGAAGUGGGUGUGACCAUCAUAGAUCAUGAUGACAUUAUCUUACCCGAGUUGUCAUCUAUGAUUGAGUGCAACAUUUGUUUUGAUAAUGUAUCUGCCAGUGAGGUGACUGCCAUGGACUGUGGUCACUUCUUUUGCAACAGCUGUUGGACUCAACAUUUUAUUGUGAAGAUAAAUGAGGGCCAGAGUAGACGCAUUAGGUGCAUGGCGCCCCAGUGCAAUGCUGUCUGUGAUGAUGUUAAAAUCAGACAUUUAGUUAGCAUGCACAAUCCGAAUCUUGCAGAGAAAUUUGAUCGAUUUCUAUUUGAAUCGUAUAUUGAGGACAACAAAAGAGUUAAAUGGUGCCCUAGUGUCCCCCAUUGCGGAAAUGCAAUACGAGUUCAGGAUGAUGAACUUUGUGAGGUUGAAUGUGCAUGUGGUAUACAAUUUUGUUUUAGUUGCUUGUCUGAAGCACACUCACCUUGUUCAUGUAUAAUGUGGGAGCUUUGGUCCAAGAAAUGCGAAGAUGAAUCAGAGACGGUUAAUUGGAUUACAGUCCAUACAAAGCCUUGCCCAAAAUGUCACAAGCCAAUAGAAAAGAAUGGAGGAUGCAACCUAGUAUGCUGUGUUUGUGGGCAAGCAUUUUGUUGGCUCUGUGGUGGUGCUACUGGCAGAGAGCAUACCUGGACUACUAUAGCUAAUCACAGUUGUGGGCGAUACAAAGAAGACCAUUUUAAGAAAACUGGGCGUGCAAAAAGGGAUCUGGAGCGCUAUGUUCACUACUAUAACAGAUACAAGGCCCAUUUAGAUUCUUUUAAGCUUGAAUCUGACCUUAAGGAAGUCAUAAAUGGAAAGAUUUCAACACUGGAAGAGAGGGAUUCAAAAUCUAAAGAUUUCACUUGGAUAAUGAAUGGACUACACAUACUCUUCAGAUCAAGGCGGAUUCUUUCAGCUACCUAUCCAUUUGCAUAUUACAUGUUUGGUGAUGAAUUACUCAAAGAUGAAAUGAAGGACAAGGAGAAGGAAAUUAAAAAGAAUUUGUUUGAGAACCAGCAGCAGCAGUUUGAGGGAAAUGUUGAGAAGCUCUCCUUGUUUCUUGGAGAGGAAUUUGAGUUGUACAAUGAUAAUGAAAUUAUGGAUUUGAGAAUGAGGAUCAUUGCUGUUUCAGUGUCUACUGAUAAUCUCUGCCGAAAUUUGUACGAUCAUAUUGAGAAUGAUUUGUUGGGCUCUCUAACGUGGACAGUUCAUAGGAUAGCUCCUUACAAGUCAAGGGGUGUGCUUAGAAGUUCCUAACUUUCAGAGCACUGACAUUAGCAUGAAAGAACAUCAGCAGGAAAGGUAAGGCUACCAGCAGAAAAGGUAUGGCCAUCUCAAAAUUUCCGGUCAAACUUUUCUUGAUGUUGAAAUUUUCAUUACCUACUUAUCGUUCAUUCAUCUGUUCUAUCUUUUACAUAUGUUAAUAGAAUGAUUAAAAUCCAGCUUAUAGGUUUGCAGUUGAUGAUGGUUGCUUGGUACUCCUCAGAAGAUAUGCUAGCAGAAUUCUUUGUGACAUAUCAUUUAUUAUAGUGAUUCAUCAGCAUCUUUCAAGAGGCACAGCUUAAUUGUGGGUUUUUGUCUGGCCACGUUACUCUUUCUAUAGGAAUGCCUUCCUUCUCCAUAUCGCCCACCCCCUUGAUUUUCUUUAGCAAUAUUAUUGCUUAAAGUUGACCACAUGGCCUUUGAUAAGAUUAGUACGCAAAAAUAUAUGUAUUAUUUUUAAAAAUAUUUAACUCUGUAUAUCUAUCAAGGAAUAGGUGAGUCAUUUCCCUUUCUUCC